GUGAGGAUCCUGGCCCUCCAUCUACUUCCGGGUCCCCGUCGCCUUCCUCCGGACGCGGGUCUCCGCCGUGGCUGGCAGGAACCAUGGAGAAUGCUGACCAGAAGGUCAGAGAGGACUCUCCUCAGGCCCAGGUGGCAGUUCAAAGUGGCCCGCAGCAGGUGCCCCAGGAGGAACCAGGGCAGCUUCUGUAUCACGAGGAGACCAUUGACCUCGGUGGAGAUGAGUUUGGAUCUGAGAAUGAGACCGUAUCAGAAGGUUCCAACAACUUUGUAGACAAGCUUAACGAGCAGAUGAUGGAGAGCGUCCUCAUUUCUGACUCUCCUAAUAACAGCGAAGGUGAUGCAGGUGACCUUGGCUGUUUGCAGGAUGUUGCGGAACCUGUAGAAGGCAGCACUGAUCAUAGACUGGCCAGCAUUACAGAGAAAGAAGAAAUGGACCUUCUGAAUAGCACCAGUGGAGCUGAUGACGGCCAUACGGCUCAGGACAAAUCCGACAUGACCCCUGAUACCAGAGCUUCUUUGAAAGAAGAUUCCACACAGGAAGAGGUGAAAGACAUCCCCACAUUUGGGGAUGCUAGCACAGGAGAUCUGCUACCCAGGGAUGAGAACUCUCAGCCCGAAGAACAGGUUUCAGAAGUAUCUUCCAGUCAGUCCUCUUCUAAAGAUGACCCUGUGCCUAUGUGUACCAUUUUCAGCCAGGGGAAUUCAACUCCUUCCCAGCAGCACCUGUUUCUGCAAGAUGGCUUUGAGUCUCAAAUGGUGAAAUCGCCAAGCUUCAGCAGCGCCAGUGAGGCCUCGGCCAAGACCCCCCCCCAGACGGUCCAGCCCAGCCCCAGCCUGAGUCAGUUUUUUGGUGAUACGAUGAACACUAACUCCCUGGCCUCAGACUUCUUUGACUCUUUCACCACUUCCACUUUCAUUUCUGUCAGUAAUCCCAAUGCCGGCUCUUCAGCUCCAGACACCUUAUCUUCACUCUCUGCCCCUGAGGGAGAAAACUCACCUGACUCUGCCGACCCGUCUUACUCUACAGGGUUGGAAAGAUCCGAAUCAGGUGUUUCUACGUCUUCUUUGGAAAUCCCUGAGUCUCCAAAACCAUUCGCACAGAUGCAGGCCGUGUUCGCAGGGAGCGAUGACCCCUUUGCCACAGCCCUGAGCAUGAGUGAGAUGGACCGAAGGAACGAUGCAUGGCUUCCCUGCCAGGGAACCAGAGAUGUCCUGGUCUCAGUGGCAACCCAGCAGUACAACACUGUGUUCAUAGACAAGGAGAACCUCACCAUGCCAGGCCUCAAGUUUGACAACAUUCAGGGAGAUGCAGUUAAAGACCUGAUGCUUCGCUUCCUGGGCGAGAAGGCAGCAGCCAGGAGGCAGGUCCUGAACGCCGGCUCGGUAGAGCAGUCUUUCGUGGGCCUCAAGCAGCUAAUUAGCUGCAAAAACUGGAGGGCAGCUGUGGACCUGUGCGGACGCCUCCUCACAGCCCACGGCCAAGGCUACGGCAAGAGCGGGCUGCCCACCAGCCACACCACCGACUCCCUCCAGCUGUGGUUUGUGAGGCUGGCACUGCUGGUGAAGUUAGGCCUUUUCCAGAAUGCUGAAGUGGAAUUGGAGCCCUUUGGAAAUCUGGACCAACCAGACCUUUAUUACGAAUACUACCCGCAUGUGUAUCCAGGACGCAGGGGCUCGAUGGUCCCCUUCUCCAUGCGCAUCCUGCACGCGGAGCUGCAGCAGUAUCUGGGCAAUCCACAGGAGGCCUUGGACAGACUACACAGGGUCAGGACAGUCUGCAGCCAGAUCUUGGCCAACUUGGAGCAGGGCUUUGCUGAGGACGGGGGCAUGAGCAGCCUCACCCCAGAGAGCAGACAAGCGUCCAUUCAGCUGUGGAGGUCCCGUCUGGGCCGCGUGCUGUACUCCACGGCGAACUGUCUGCUCCUGAUGAAGGACUACGUGCUGGCUGUGGAUGCCUACCGCGCAGUCAUUGAGUACCACCCGGAGCAGGAGCCACAGCUGCUGAGCGGGAUCGGCCGGAUUCUCCUCCAGAUUGGAGACAUCAAAACCGCUGAGAAGUAUUUUCAAGAGGUUGAGAAGGUGGCACAGAAGCUGGACGGACUGCAGGGUAAAACCAUGGUCUUGAUGAACAGAGCCUUCCUGCACCUCGGCCAGAAUAACUUCGCGGAAGCCCACCGAUUCUUCACGGAGAUUCUGAGGAUGGACCCCACCAACGCAGUGGCCAACAACAACGCCGCCGUGUGUUUGCUGUACCUGGGGAAGCUCAAGGAGUCCCUGCGGCAGCUGGAGACCAUGGUGCAGCGGGAGCCAGGGCAGCGGCUGCACGAGAGCGUGCUCUUCAACCUCACCACCAUGUACGAGCUCGAGUCCUCGCGGAGCAUGCAGAAGAAGCAGAGUCUGCUCGAGGCGGUGGCCAGCAAGGAAGGAGACAGCUUCAACACCCAGUGCCUCAAGCUGGCCUAGCCCGUGGCCUCCUGCGCCUCUCCUGGAGGCCGAGGCCUUGAACCUGUCGACAGGAGCGCGUGCAUUACUGCCACCGGCACACUGAAGGCAAGCCUUUCUCCUGGCACGCGGGUGGGCGAGUCAGCCAGCGGCUGCCCCACCAGCCAAGGGGGCACUCGGAGAGCACAGGCUGGUGGCUCAGCCUGGGCGUGUAGCACGAGUGUAUCGUUCCUGCCUGAAGUCAGGUCAGGACACCUGCCCCAAUCACAAGGGCAUGUCAGGCACCAGAACGUCCUUAGGUGUGAAGCUUCCCCAAGGCUCCAUAGUGGAGGCCGCGCCCCAGGGCAGGUGGGGCUGAGGCUCCCCAGAAACCCCGAGUUCCUACCUCUUGGCCACCAUCCCCAAGCCGGCCGGAUGUCCUGUGCGGGUUGUGGGUGUUCUAGGAGGAAGAGGCCGGCACACUUGGGAAUGCCACCUCCUGCAACCAUGUGUGUGCAUGCUCCUCCAUCCUGAAAUAAAUGCACCCUGGAAGUGUC